CACAUAUGGACAUGCACAUGUUUCUGGUCAUUCUCUUAGGAGUUGUUUCUUUCAGUCAUGAUCAGGUCACUGGAUCAGUGUUGGAGGUGUCGGUCCGACCAGGAGACAACAUCACUCUGUACUGUGACUGCAAAAAAUCACCUGGGGUUUACAUAGUGUGGUACAGGAACUGCUCUCAUGAGAAUCAGCCUCCCUUUAUCCUUGAAACUGCAAAUUAUCGAAUGGACUAUCCCGCGAAGACCUUCCCUCGUUUUAAGUUCCUGAGAAACACUUCCUCUGAUUCCUAUGACCUGCUGAUCAUGAACAUUACUCAGUCAGAUGAGGGGAUCUACUACUGUGGAACUGAACAUACAAAAGUGGAGGAAAAAGAUCACAUUGCUCCCAAAACCAAUUACAGAUACAGCAACGUCGCAACAAGGAUCAUACUCAACUCGAGUGACACUGAUCACUGUCAGCCUCCCCGCCCGAGUACACAAGACUGUGGUGAGUGCUGGACACUGCUGUUUUAUCUGUGUCCAGUUUCUGCUGCCCUCUCCUCUCUCAUCUCUGCUCUUGUGGCUUAUCAUCUCUGUAGAACAAAAGCUAAAGGCCCUCAAAUUGAUGAGCAAAAACUUGAAAGUAGACGUCAAACAGAACCAAAUCAGGUUGAAGAUGUGUGUUACGCUGCACUGGAAAUCCGUCAGCCAUCACAGAGACCAAAGAAGAAGAAGAGAAGUCAGAGUUCUGACUUCAGCACAUAUUCUGCCAUCAAAACUUCCAGGAUGUAGAGGGGCUAA